AUGGAUUACUUAGGGGAGUCCGACACCAACUCGGAGGUUGAUGACCAGACAAAGGAAUGGGAGACCGAGCCGCCCUCUCUGGCACGUGCCAGAGAUGUUGACGAUGACGACUCCAAAUGUGGUUUUGGCCAUCGUGUCGUUGCCAGCCGUUCGGUUCUGUCCUUGGUCCUGGACGACGAGUUCGUCUUCGCCGGUUUGCAGGGCGGAGACAUCCUGGCAUGGUCUCUCGAGACGUACGACCUCGCGCUCUCCGUCCAUGCCCACAAGGAGAGUGUUCUGGGCCUCUAUCUUUCCGAGGAUGGCACCCUGCUUUUCUCCAGUGGUGGUGAUUCAGUAGUGAACGUGUGGAACACGAGAACCUUUGAACGGCUGUACUCCAUUUACUCUCACUAUGAUGUCGGCGAUCUCUUUGCCGUUGUCUACUCUUCUAGCUUGAAGACUGUUUACUGUGGUGGUCAGAACACCAGCAUCCAAUGGUGCGAUCUCUCGAAUGUGGAUGCCGCAGUGCAUCAUGGAUCUUCUGCACAUCCAUCGCAACGGACCCAUCGAUUCUUUGACUCCAAGGGUCCGGAUGGCCAGCGCACUCCGCGGCCAGAUUCCAGCCAUGACAAUGUCUCCUCGCUCUCCCAGGCGACCUGUAAAGCAAUGACAUUUAAACGGGAUCACCACAAAUUGUUCUCUCACCAUGGCUACGUGUACUCCAUGCUGCUCGUCAGAGGUCUCGUCGAGUCCUCCCCUUCUGAAGAGACACUUGUCACCGGUUCCGGAGACGGCACCGCCAAGCUUUGGCAUCUGGGACAGCAUCCGGACGCUGCUCCCGUGCAGAUUGCAAAGCUCAACAAUAGUGACCCCGUUCUUUCCCUUGCAGUCGAUGGAUCGUUCCUGUAUUGCGGAGUCGCCGGAGGUGCUUUGAAUAUAUGGAACCUAGACUCUUUGCAGCUCGUGAAACGAUUUACGAAGCACACCGGUGACCUGUGGGCUGUUGAUAUCAUCAGAGGUGUAGCUGUCUGUGGCGAUUCCAAUGGAAUUGUGAAGAAAUUCAACUCUAGAUUCGAGGAAAUCGGGAGCUGGGUCGCCCACGAGGGUACUAUGCUGGCUUCAGCCGCCAAUAAGGUCAAGGACCGGUGUAUAUACGUAACCGGAGGAAACGACAACACCGUCGGAAUAUGGGAUCUGACUGAGAUCUCUCGUGAGCAAGAGGAGCUGCCCCCAAUUGGCAAUGACGAAAUGGUAAACGGCUUGGCCAAGUUUGUCGCCUUCAAGACAAUCUCCUCAAGCCCGAAGUUCUCUGGGGAAUGCCACCAAGGCGCGGCCUUCCUCCGUCGUCAUUGCAUUUACCUCGGUGCCAAAACCCGUCUGCUCACCACCGGCCAGGAUACGAAUCCUAUCGUCCAUGCGAGAUUCAACGCGACUUCACCCGACCAAGUGGACAAAACGAUCCUAUUCUAUGGCCACUACGACGUCGUCAGUGCGGAAACCAAUCGACCCAAGUGGAGGACCGAUCCAUUUCAAUUGACCUCUAUCAACGGCUUCCUGUACGGGCGCGGUGUAUCUGAUAACAAGGGCCCGAUAUUGGCAGCACUGUAUGCCGCUGCAGAUCUUGCUCGAACCAAGGCACUCCGAUGCAACGUUGUCUUUCUCAUCGAGGGCGAGGAGGAAUCGGGCUCACAGGGCUUCCGUGAGACCGUCCGACAACACAAAUCCCAAAUCGGACCGGUCGAUUGGAUUCUACUCGCCAACAGCUACUGGCUGGAUGACUACUACCCCUGCUUGACGUAUGGUCUUCGCGGUGUCGUCCAUGCCAACCUGGUCAUUACGAGCGACCAUCCCGACCUCCACAGUGGAAUCGACGGCAGUUCGCUUCUGGACGAGCCCUUGAAGGACCUUUCCAUGCUCCUAGCCACUCUUGUCGGUCCCAAGGGAAAAAUCAACCUCCCGGGCUUCCACGAUCCCGUCUUACCCCUGAAUGAGGCGGAGAAAAGGCGAUACGCAGCCAUUGCCGAAGCGAUCCUGCCCCGUCACCCAGAGAUUCCAGACAGCGAAGCCUUCAUCGACUCCCUCAUGCAUCGCUGGCGCGAACCAUCCCUGACAAUCCACUGCAUCGAGGUUCCCGGAUGCAAAAACGCGACUACAACCAUCUCCCGCAAAGCCAAAGCCAGCCUAUCCAUCCGUAUCGUCCCAAACCAAGACGCAGACGAAGUAGCCGCAAACCUAACCGCCUACGCACAGGAGCAGUUCGCCAUCCUGGAAUCCCAGAACGACCUCACGGUCGAAAUAACAGGAAAGUCAGAACCGUGGCUAGGCGAUCCCGAGAACGAAAUCUUCGAAACCCUCUCCCGCGGUAUCUCCGCCGCUUGGACCCCGGAUAUAAACCAAGUCGCCCAGAGACGAUUAUACUCGCACAUCGUCGAUUGCCACAAUAAUGCCCCUGCCAGACCGGGGAUCCAGGGACAGGAGACUCUCAUCCGGAAGGACUCUUCGGAUAGUCUGGCCUCGCAUAUCGACCGCGUUAUUUCGUCGACGACGUCUUCGUCGCUGGGGAAAACAGCCACCCGGAAACGGUCUACCCUGUCCACUCCGGUUCCGACGUCGUCGACUCUAAUUAACAAUAACAACAAUGAUAAUUCUGAUCCUGCGUCUGAUAGUGUUCGACAUACUACCUUGACCUCUACCUCGUCGCCACCACAAUCACAACCACAACCACAACAGGAUCAGAAUCAGAAACUAUCACUUCAUCCCCACUAUCCCAAUAUCACCUCUCAUCACCCCUCACGGGAGGUCAAACCAAUCUAUAUCCGAGAAGGUGGAUCUAUCCCCACCAUCAGAUUCUUGGAGAAGGAAUUCUGUGCGCCAGCUGCCAACUUGCCCUGCGGCCAGGCGAGUGAUAAUGCGCAUUUGGAUAAUGAGCGGCUGCGUGUAGAGAACUUGUAUAAGAGUCGGGAGAUUUUUAAAUUUGUUUUUGAAAGGUUGCCUGAAAAGUACCUGGUAUAG